UCUCGUCUUUUCCUUACAACUGUGGGACUUCCCGUCCUCCGGAGAUGGCGAACUGCCUCUUUGACUGCUCUGAUCUGGUCUUCUGCAAAAUCUUUUGGCAAAGAGCUCCCCAGGUGCACUGUGUCGUGAUAAAGAAGGUGUGGCUUUCACCGGCCCCGUGCCAAUGGAAAACGUCACCAGCUGGGAACAUGCCUCUGUCACAGAGCAACCUCCGGCAGACCCCCUGCAGCAGGAAAAGCUGCAGAAACCUCUUUGGCCCAGUGGAUCAUGAGCAGCUCCAGAGCGACUUUCAGGACUCGAUGAGGAAAAACCUGGAAGAAGCCCAGUUCAAGUGGAAUUUUGACUUUGAAACUGAAACGCCGCUGGAAGGUGCCUUCAAGUGGGAGAGGGUCCCGUUUCCAGACAUGUCUUCCGAGUACCUCUGCAGCCACUCCAAAGUCUCUGGAGAGAACAGUAGAAGCACUUCCACCCUCAAGAUUCCCACAAAAGAUCUCCUUAAUCGGCCCUUCUCGGGUGAAACCAUACAACAGGUCUCUGAGGCCAAUCGGGCCAGCUCUCCAAGGCGCCUGAAACGCAGACAGACCACCAUUAAAGAUUUCUACAGUGCAAAGCGGAAGAUCUCAUCCAGCAAGCCAAAUCCCUGAUCUCAGAAUAAACGCUACUGUCUGUGCCUUUGUCUUGGGCACCAUCACUGAGAUCUGUUUUCCCCAACUAACCUUUAAUGGAGCUAUGUUGCCCUCUGAAAUGCCUCCUGUGAAAGAACAUGGAGGAGUUGCCUUUUGGGUAGGACAGAAUCUGUGGGGACUUUCCUGAAGCUGCCCAUGGGCCUUGGCUACCAUCCCCUCUCUGUACUGUAUAAGCUUCUUCCUUGAUCUGUGUGUUUAAGUGGUAUAGUGUUUAUAGUGCCCUAUUUAUGAUUUAGUCCUGGGUACCUAGUGACCCACCCAUGUGCAAUGUGUAUUGUAAAGCAUUAUUUAAACUAGACUUGGAUUAUGCUUGGGUAAGUUCUUGGGACUGUGGAAGAGAGGGGAUGACAGAGGCUGAAAAGUAGGCCCCGGAGGCUGGUGUGAUGGUAAUAAGGAGUGCAGCAAAGGGUACAAGAGACAGACAAAAGUACUCCCACCUAGAAUGUGGGUCUCAAACUCCUGGAACCAUCCAUCUUCCCUCUCCUCCUGGCCACUUCCUUGAGCCCAGGAUGCAAAAAGAAGGUGGAGAGGGAUCUUCAUCUUUAGGUAGCUGUACCUCACUUAAAAGGAGCAAUGGGGUGUCCAGCAUUCAGGUUCUAGCUCAUGGGAUCAACUCUGGAGCCAUUUAUUUGUGUCUCCUCACUAAGCCUCACCGCUACUGAGCAGCUUCACAUGCAUUGAAUUUGCACUGGAAGGAGAGAGCCAUGCACGCACUGUCUCUGCCUUGGUGGCAAUGUAUCAGUCCAGUGGAGGUUACCACUCUUCCUUUUUUUUCCUUCUAAAAGAAUAGUCUGUUGAGGAGGAAGGAGAUGCCAUGGGCUAUGUAGCAAGCACCCCUGCUGCACUGACUUACAAAUCUGAAUCAGUUUGGGGUGGAGCCUCAUGGGGAAGAGUCUCCUAGCAUCUACCCUGUAACUCAGGUCGGGUACUGUUCCUCUUUCAGGCUACUUCCACGCAGAACUGAACUUACCAAGAGAAUUAUCAUGUAGCUCUAAAGUGUGUCUUGUUUCUGUAUUAGUGGCAAGUGUUUUGUGAGUUGUGCAGGAAGCCUGGACAGGGGUGGAGGAGUCCACUUGGCAGGCAGCACCAGGAAUGCUGGUCCAUCUUGCAUUUAAUAGGCUAAUGUACUGCUCUGGUCUUUCCACACUUGUAUGAGAUCAGAAUGUGCCCUGAAGGUUGCUUUUCAUAAUCUCCCCCC